CCCUGGCAGUCCUAGUGGCAGUAGAUCUGCUACAGCACCUUCACCCUGCUGGUCAGGGAACACAGGAACUGUGCCAGCGUUUGAUGGAUCCAACAGGCAGUUUCUUCCAGUCAUAAGGAUGGAAGUACUUGCUAUCAUUUUAUCAGCUCCAUGAACAGAGUUCAUCUUAUACGAUAUAUAGCUUCUCUGGCAAUCUUCCUUCCUUAGAUCAAGACAUACUGAAACAAACUGAGCAUGGCAUGAAUAUUCUCAGCGGCUUACUAAAGAGCAAGUGUGUGCUUCUGUCAUUAUUGCAUCAUUAGGUUAACCAGUUCAGCAGCCUUUUUGCAGGAGUGAGUGAAACUACAAAGGAAAAGACAACCACAUUUACCUAUUUUGUUCUGCAACUCUGUGUACGCAAUGUCCUGCUUACAAGUGGAUCCUUCAAUAAAAAGAGAGAGAAACUGAGAAGAUAAGCAGAGAGACUGAUCCAUAAAAAAAGAAGUACCCAGUACCUAAACCACGGCCCGGCAUGAUCAUGGAGAAAAGUUUCCCAAAAUAUGUUGCUUCGUUGGAAACGUUGGUCUACUUGUUACUAGUGUUGGUUGUCACCUAUUUGUGGCGGAGAUGGAGAAGAGGCAUCACCAUAAAGAAUGCUGAUUUUGUAGGGAGACAUGUGUUAAUCACUGGCUGUGACUCUGGAUUUGGAAAUCUAGCAGCUAGGACUUUUGACAAGAUUGGAUUUCGAGUUAUUGCUGGUUGCAAGACAGAAAAGGGAGCAGCACUGCUGAAAGCAUCUGCUUCUAAGCGGCUCCUGACUGUGUUGUUGGAUGUGACAGACACAGAGAAUGUCAGACAGGUGGCAGAAACUGUGAAAAAUGAAGUAGGAGAAAAAGGUCUGUGGGGCCUGAUCAACAAUGCAGGGAUUAUGGGAGUGACAGCACCAACUGACUGGCUGAAAAUCGAGCACUACAGAGCACCAAUUGAAGUUAAUUUAAUUGGCCUCAUAAAUGUAACAAUCCAUAUGCUUCCCUUGGUGAAGAAAGCCAAAGGAAGGAUAGUGAACGUAACCAGCGUGGGUGGUUGUCUAGCAAUAUGUGCAGGAGGUUACUGCCCAUCCAAAUUUGGAGCAGAAGCAUUCACUGACAGUUUAAGACAGGACAUGAAGGCAUUUGGAGUUUCGGUAUCUUGCAUUGAGCCUGGGCUGUUCAAAACAGGGCUUUCUGACAAAGCCAAAGUCAUAGAACAGAAGUGUGCUGUUUGGAAUGAUCUUCCAGCUGAUAUCCAAAAGCAGUAUGGCAAUAAUUUUUUAAAGGAAGAUGCAGCAAAGAAAGAAAAAUUGGUUAAGCUGUGUGAGAACUCAGACCUCUCGAUGGUGGUGAAGUGUAUGGAACAUGCCUUGAUGAGCAGAAAUCCACAGACACGCUACAGUGCAGGCUGGGAUGCUAAGCUGCUUUGGCUACCCCUUGCAAGCAUGCCAGCAUUUGUGCAGGACUUUGUACUCAUGAACAACAAAGUUAAGCCAGCUGAUCCAACUUCAGGGUGAAAUCCCUUCCUUUAUUUACCUAGAGGCCCCAGCAUAUCCUCACACAGCUCAGGAUAAGAACUGAAUGGAACUUGGUCACUGUUAAUCCGAAUGCCUCCUAAACGUUCCAUUUCAUGCGUUACUAACUGUGCAAUGAAGAAACAUAGAACUGUGUUCAGAGGUGAGCAAGUAACCAGUGAUGUUGGCAAUAAGCACUUAACAUUUCUUGUUUACAUUAAAACCAAAUACUUGUAGGGUC